AUGUCUAUCCCAGAUAACUUCCUCCGGGAAGCCCCAAAUGCCUCCCUCCGCAUCCUGGAUUUCCAAACCACCACUCCUCCCAUCCCCGCCUACAAGGACCACUUCGCUGCAGUCAUCGACAACUUCAUGACACCAGACGAAUGCACCCAAUUACUCCAUCUCGCCAACACUCAAAACCCAACCAACUGGGCCCGCGCCAAAGUCAACGCCGGCAAUGGAAAGGAAGUGAUGGAGGUCGACACGCGCAACUGCGGGCGCAUCAUUUGGGAUUCUCCCGAUCUGGCGGACCGGAUCUUACAUCGUCUACGGCCGUUUAUCGAACAGUGUGGGAUUCAGCAGAUUCAGAAUCAGCCCCUUGUCACCGGUCGCGGGCCGGCGAAACGGGGUGAAGUCGUUCAGGUCAGCCGGUUGAAUGAGCGGUUUCGGUUUCUGCGAUAUGAGGGAGGAGAGUAUUUCCGACCGCAUUGGGAUGGAUCGUACGUGACGCCGGAUGGGGAGCGGUCGUUGUAUACGAUCCAUCUGUAUCUGAAUGGGAGUGGCGAGCAGGAUAUCGAGGAGUUGGAGAAGGAGAUUGAAAAGGCAGAACGGAAGAAUGGGCUGUUUGCGGAGGAUGGAGAGAUUGAUCUGGAGGAGGUUGGGCAGGAUGAAGAGAGCGAUGAAGUAUAUGAAGAUGGAGAGCUGCUGGGAGGAGCAACGUCAUUUACAGAUGGAUACGAUGCCACCGAUGCAGUGCGCGUGUUUCCCAAGACCGGCUCAGUCUUGAUCUUCCAGCAGCGCAAUCUGUUCCAUGGCGGCGACGAUGUGUUCCGAGGAGUCAAAUAUACAGUCCGGACAGAUGUGUUGUAUAGAGAAUAG